AUGCCUUCACGUACAGACUCGCCUCUUCAAGUUGCCAUCAUCGGCGCCGGACUCGGUGGCCUGGCCGCUGCUGUGUCUUUGCGUCGUCAGGGGCAUCAAGUGACAGUCUAUGAGCGAUAUGACUUUGCCGGUGAAGUUGGUGCAUCUUUGAGUGCUGCAUCCAACGGAUCUCGCUUUCUGGAGGAAUGGGGGGUCGAUGUGAGCGCAGCAAAGCCGGUCAUUCUUCGUCAAUUGAUCAUGCACAACUGGUCAGAUGGAGAAGUCCAGAGCACUUAUCCGCUUGGAGAUUAUAAGUCCAAGUUCGGCACCGACUAUAACAAUUUCCACCGGAUUGAUAUCCACAAGCAACUUCUUAAGUCUGCGUUUGAAGCGCCCGGUGAAGGACCGCAGUGUGACCUGAAGGUGAACCACAAAGCUAUCAAUGUUGACCCAGAAGAAGGCACCAUUCAAUUUGGAGAUGGCUCACAAACAUCUGCCGAUAUCAUUGUCGCUGCUGACGGAAUCCGAUCUCUCACAAGAGGACUUAUGGACAUCACUCCCAAUUUCACCAUGUCCACGUCGUGUUGCUAUCGCUGUAUCAUUAGUGCGGAGAAACUGCGCUCCCUAGAUCUUGAGGAUUACGUCUCAAACGAAGCCAUUGAGUACUGGGGCGGAUUCGGCAUCAACAAGAUUGUGAUGUCGCCCUGCAGCAAUGGUGAGGUCGUCAGCUGUUAUUGCUUCUAUCCAGCCUCGGUCAACAAUCUUCGCGAGGAUGGCUGGAAUAUUGGAGCCUCACCAAAGCAAUUGGUGGAGACAUUCCCUGAUUUGGAUCCAAGGAUGAAGAAGUUGAUGCUGAAUGCUGAGGAUAUCAAGAUGUGGCGGUUAUACAGACAUGAUCCGUACCCAUACUGGGUCAAGGGCAAAGUCUGCUUGCUUGGUGAUGCUGCUCAUCCCAUGAUGCCCGAUCAGUCGCAGGGAUCUUGCAUGGCGUUUGAAGAUGCCGGUGCACUUGGCUUGAUUUUCCAAAAGAACUUUCGCAAAGACUAUGGCGUUGCGGAAGGAUUGUCACUAUAUGAGAAGUUGCGCAAGCCCCGGGCCACACGAGUUCAGGAAGCGAGUUUCAGAGCGCGUGAGGACCUCAGUGAGCGCAUUGGGUGGAGCUCGUCGUCAGAUCGCCCGGGGAAGUUGACCAUUGAGGAGGUUUGUGGUUACAAUAUGAGAGAACACUUGACUAAGCUGGUGGAUGAAGCAAAGCAGGCUAGUGUUUAG